GGUUACUGUUGUUAGUUACUCACUUCGAUCAGUAGCGAUUAGACGUGUUUUUCUCAGAGCGACGAAAAUCACAAAUUUCACAAUGAAAAGACAAAGAUCUUCAGAGAGAAAGAGCCAGAAUGUGUCUAAGAGGCGGCGUGUGGACGCUUCUUCAGAUGACAGUCGUCAGUGGUACGAGGUGAUGCUCGCUCUGGCGGCCAAAUCAGCUUGCAAGCAAGUCUUUGCUUCUGCUGUUCACGAAUGGAAAGAUCACAUUCGAGACUGGUGUGACUUGACCCAUGCCAUCAACAAGUCUGAGGAGCGUAGGGAGCUACCCACCAUACCUCAACCUACGCAUCAUAUUGAGUGGUUGGCUAGAGUUAAUUUUAAGCACAGACCCGUGCGCCGUAACCUCCCAGAGCAGAGACGUCCAACAGUCUCCCAGAAACAAGAUCUGAACUCCUCCUUUUAUGUCUACUAAGGUGGAUGGUAAUGGAUAUGUGUGCAUGGGCACAAAUUGUCUGCAAAUUUCAGAGAAUGGCCGCCACAAGCAUCCUAGUACCACUGUUCUGGAACUUGUAAUCUCCCCCCACAAUUGUCAUCUUUGUGACUUUGCAAUCAUUCUUUGACUGUACAUGAGUCAGAUACAUUUGCUGCAUGCCUUGCAAAAGAAAUCAUUUUCCCCCCGGAGGGAUGGCGAGCGUACAUCAAACUUGACGGACUCCGUGCUACAACCACCUAUGUGUUUGGCUGCAUGUACAAAGACACUAUUAUAUAAUUAUAGACAUCUGCUGCAUGCACCGUAGAUGUUUUUCUUCACUGGCAAAGUUUUUUUUUGCCUUUUUUGAAAUGAACCACCAUAUCUAUUUUGGUUACAACAGUGAUGAAGAUUAAGAUCAUGAAGCAUACUCCAGAACCUGGAAUCUGAAUUUGAUUCACUUCAAUAAUUUCUUUUCAUUUUUUAUUUUGGAAAAAUUUAAGUUUUUUCCAAAGCCUGGAAUGCCAUGUUAUUUAUAGAUUUUAUUUU